GAUUUUGUUUUGUUGCUGAGACGAUGACGUGUCUGUUUUGUGGUACGUUACAGUCGAAACCGUAUUUAUGUAAUAUCUUUGAUUUAAGAGUUAACCUCACCUCACAUCAGCUGUAAAAAAAACACAACAACAAAUUGUACCAAGUAAAAACGCUCAUGACAACAACGUAAAACUGUGAAGCGAAUUGUGUCUAGCUAACCUUUACGAAUUAGCUAGACCUUGGUCACUGCUGGCUGUACAUGCCAAAAUGUAUUUUGUGUUGUUAAACUAGCUAUAGAUCCACUGUCGUAUGUUUGCAAGCCGUAUGAUAUUUUUCACUAGCCUGCUGAGGAGAGGACUCCGUGUGAAACCAUUCUGGAACCAUCGUUACCAAAACGCAUCGGUGGUAUUACUGAAUGAGGUUGUAUUCAUGACUGCGCUGUCAGACUUGGAGCCUGCUAAAAAGAGACUGCGGGUUGAAUUUGGCCUCCAAGCACCUAUCGGUUCAAGGAGCCCUCUUUCAUCGGCUUUUAAAGCAAGUUCCAAAGAGGCAAGUCUACACGCAAUGGAAUGGCAGCAGCAUAGUGCCAAAGCAACAUCUCUUAGUCAGAAAAACAAUCCCAAGUCCCAACAGAAUAACCCUGAUAAGUGGCCGUUGGAACGUCCCCAAAGCACCACAAGCCCAGCUUCUGACAUGUGUGAAGCUGCUGAACCACAACCGGAGGAUGUAGAGAUGGUGAGUCCAGACAGCUCCGAGUCUGGCUGCAGUCACAAGAUCCAGUUCAUGGAGACAGAGACCGAGGCCCAGACCCACAGUUCAGACUCUGAGGAACCUGUUGUCUCUAGUAUUAUAGACCCGGAGGAUGACGAGACAGCGCCCUUAACACCAUCUGACAACUUAAAGGAUCACAAACCCGUCUCGCAAAUCACCACAGAUCACAAUCCCGUCUCGCAAAUCACCACAGAUCACAGGCCUGUCUCGGAAGUCUCCACAGAUCACAGGCCGGUCUCGGAAGUCUCCACAGAUCACAAGCUGGUCUCGGAAGUCUCCACAGAUCACAAGCCGGUCUCAGAAGUCUCCACAGAUCACAAGCCGGUCUCGGAAGUCUCCACAGAUCACAAGCCGGUCUCGGAAGUCUCCACAGAUCACAAGCCGGUCUCAGAAGUCUCCACAGAUCACAAGCUGGUCUCGGAAGUCUCCACAGAUCACAAGCCGGUCUCGGAAGUCUCCACAGAUCACAAGCCGGUCUCGGAAGUGCCCAAGGAUCACAAGCCGGUCUCGGAAGUGCCCAAGGAUCACAAGCCGGUCUCGGAAGUGCCCACGGAUCACAAGCCGGUCUCGGAAGUGCCCACGGAUCACAAGGCGGUCUCGGAAGUCUCCACAGAUCCUAAAGGGAACAGUGAUGAGCAAAUGGAGGAGACCGUGAGCAAGAUCAACAGGCAUCUGGACAAGCAGCAGGACACAGAAAGAUCCUCCUCCAAGGGCCAAGGAAAAAUAACAGACUUCUUCGCCCCAUCCACAAGUGCCCAAGCUCCCUCGGAGAAACAACGCAGAGAUGGAGAGGACGGCCCUCCACCAUACGAUUCCAAGUGGCUGGGAAGCCCCAUCAGUGAUCUGAGGAGAAUGCCACAGUGUGGUCGACCACUCCCACCACUGAAGAAUAUUCCUGACCAUCACACUGUCAUGAUCAGGACAGACCUCCUUCAAACAGGCAAAAUUCCUGUUCCCUAUCCCAUCAAGUUCAGAGACACCUGGGACGAGGUCCAUGUGAAAAUGCCCUGUUCAAAGAGCAACCUGUUCCCUGUAGGAAAUCAGGAAGUGCAGGAACGGUGGGAACUCAUCCAGAAAGCUUUAAACAGAGAGUUUUCCAGUUCUCAUGAUGUGAAGAAUGCCAUAUUGAAGUACAAUGUUGCUCAUGCCAAGAGAUGGGACUUCACAGCUCUUCAUUUGUUCUGCAACAAGGAUCUGGAGCCCGAUGUCGUUCAUCAUCUGUUUCGGUCUCUGCUGCCUGAAAUGGUCCAAUUAGCACUGAGUGUGUCUGAGCUGUGCAACAAGCCCAUCCCUCUGCUGAAGGAAGGGGUGAACCACUCCAUCACCCUGUCUCAGAUGCAGGUGGCUUCUCUAUUGGCCAAUGCCUUCUUCUGUACCUUCCCCCGGCGUAACUCUAGGAAGUCAGAAUACUUCAACUACCCUGACAUCAACUUCUGCAGGUUGUUUGAGGGCUCUUCCCCAAAGAAGAGGGAGAAACUGAAAACACUUUUGUGCUAUUUUAGAAGUGUAAUCGAGCAAAAACCUACUGGACUUGUGACGUACACAAGAAAGUGUUUGGAUCGGCCUCCAAAUUGGAAAAACUCCCAGAAUCAGCUCACCAAGCUUCACAUAACAUGUGAAGGAACCAUAGAAGACGAUGGGCACGGCAUGCUGCAGGUGGACUUUGCCAACCGGUUUGUGGGCGGAGGGGUCACCGGAUCGGGUCUGGUUCAGGAAGAGAUUCGCUUCCUGAUUAACCCUGAACUCAUCGUCUCUCGCCUCUUCACUGAAGCCCUGCUGCAGAAUGAGUGUCUCGUCGUCACAGGUACUGAGCAGUACAGUACGUACACUGGCUACGCAGACAGCUACCUAUGGAACGGCAAACAUCAGGACAAGACCCCGAGAGACACCUGGCAGAGGAGGUGCACAGAGAUCGUAGCGAUGGACGCUCUGAAGUUCAGGAACUUCCUUGACCAGUUUCACCCUGAGAAAAUGAACAGAGAACUGAAUAAGGCAUACUGUGGCUUUUCCCGCCCAGGGGAGAGGAGUCAGGAUCUCUCUGCGGUUGCUACAGGAAACUGGGGCUGUGGUGUGUUCGGUGGAGACGCUAGGUUUAAAGCUCUGCUCCAGAUUCUGGCAGCCUCUGAGGCAGGCCGAGACGUGGCCUAUUUCACCUUUGGUGACAGCGCCCUGAUGAAAGACGUCUACGACAUGCACUACUUCCUCACACAGAGACACGUCAGCGUCGGGGCUCUGUACAGUUUGCUGGGUCAGUACUACAGCUCAAUGUGUCAGGGCUGCUUCACCCACCAUCCCGACGUCAGCCUCUACUCCUUCAUCUACCACGAGGCCAGCUCUCUCUCCCCCUAGACCAGAAACACACACGCAGCUCUGUCUCCCCCUAGACCAGAAACACACACGCAGCUCUGUCUCCCCCUAGACCAGAAACACACACGCAGCUCUCUCUCCCCCUAGACCAGAAACACACACGCAGCUCUGUCUCCCCCUAGACCAGAAACACACACGCAGCUCUGUCUCCCCCUAGACCAGAAACACACACGCAGCUCUCUCUCCCCCUAGACCAGAAACACACACGCAGCUCUCUCUCCCCCUAGACCAGAAACACACACGCAGCUCUGUCUCCCCCUAGACCAGAAACACACACGCAGCUCUGUCUCCCCCUAGACCAGAAACAC